GGAGGAAAACAGGAGGAGGUUUCAGUGCUGCAGACUUCAGCUGGACCCAAGUCCCUUUCAUGAGUUGUAUAUGUGUGGAGUUUGACAAGCAGACUUCAGUGUUUGAUUCUCUUGAGUGAAAGGGACAUUUUUAAAACUUCCUCUUAAGGAACUUGGCCCUGCUGCCUUCACAUUUUUCCCUCCAGCUCCUUGUUUUAAUUUUUGUGUGCUUAAGAUGACCUGGACGGUGAGCAGCUGCUUUGUUACCCUGGCCAUCCUGUGUCUGUGGCGGGUGGAGGAAGGAGCAGAAGCCUGUAGCUGCUCCCCAGCUCAUCCUCAGCAGGCUCUCUGCAGCGCAGAUGUUGUUAUCAGGGCAAAGGUAGUUGGAUCUCAGGAGAUUGAAGUUGGCAACAAUAUCUAUGGAUACCCCAUCACACAGAUCAAGUAUGACAUCAAACAGCUCAAGAUGUUCAAAGGUCCGAGCGAGGCCAUCGAUGCCAUCUACACUGCCUCCUCCUCUGCAGUGUGUGGAGUCAAUCUGAAGACUAAUGGCGAGGAGUAUCUCAUCACAGGCCGACUGGAGAGUGAUGGGAAGAUGCAUGUCACACUGUGCCAAUUCAUUGAGCCCUGGGAUGCCCUGACUCACACCCAGAGAAAGAGCCUGACUGAGCGCUACGAUAUGGGCUGCGAUUGCAAGAUCACUCGCUGCACCUCUGUCCCCUGCACAGUCAGCGGCCCAGCAGAGUGCCUGUGGACAGACUGGCUAAUUGAGAAGGAGGUCUAUGGAGAGCAGGCCAAACACUAUGCUUGCAUCAAGAGGAGUGAUGACUCUUGUGCCUGGUACAGAGGAGCUGCGCCGCCCAAAAAGGAUUUCCUGGACAUCGAGGACCCUUAACUCCACCACUGUCCUAUAUGGUCUGAGGAUCUCCAGCAUUGAAACAAAGAUUUAAAUACCACAAGCAGAAAUAAAUACAAAAGUCGACACAACUUACUUAGUUUUCUUCUGAUUAAGAAAGCUGCAAGGUGUGUACUCUGGUGAGAUUGGGGAAUUUUUUUACUUUUGAUAUUUAGUUGCAGGACUCAUUAGGUUUUUUUAUCCAUCAGUCUUAUGAAUUCAGCACUUUCUGAUGCUUCUACCCCAAAAUCUAAAGCACUUCCUCAUAAACCACUUCUCCCUCUGCUGAAAUAAAGGGAUAAUCAUCAUAAUUUAGGGUUACUCUUUGCUGUACUUUUGUUUCUGCGCUAGUAAUUUCUCAUUACUAGUUUUCUUUUCCUUUUUUAACCCAAGGAACUUCAAUUCUAUAAUGAAACGCAUACAUACAUAUCUAAAACUCACAGUGUAUUAAUUCUGUGAGUCUCUGUGUUGUUUAAAACCAUGAGCUGAUAAUCGGCAGCAGAGCCACCACAGAGUUAAUGCCACAAUAUGCUUGUACUAUUCUUUUUUGUGCUCUAUGCAAAUAUUUUGGCUUCUGUUUUUUUAACGUGUGGGAAAGCUGUUUUGAGUAAAAGAGUGGCAUGUUGCUGCCUGUGCACACAAUACAUGCUUUGGUAAUUGUUUUUUUUUAAAUAAUCCUGAAUAGACAAGUAUGCACUUUGAACACAAUGAUCACAUUAGUCAUAUCGUCUCUUGUCUGAAAAAAAGAGGAUUGAAUCCUCCAUUUUGUAUGAUGUGUUUUUUUUAUAUUACAGCUCUUCUCUUAAUAAUGCUUUGGUAAUUGUAAGAACAUAUUUUAUUUAAGGAGAUAUUGUGAUUCAACCAUGUAUUCAAAAGAGAAGCCCUAAUUUUGAUACUUUUUUAUGACAAACGACACAGAAGAGUAUUUUAACAGUUUCUUUCAAAAUACACAAAGUUUUGAAAGUCGUCAACGUCAAAUUGUUGGCCUUAUUGUUUACUGUCUCUACCUGUGGGGCACUGAAUUCAAGAACACAUUCUAACCAAACAUCAGUUUUAUUGCAGAGCCACGAGAAUGAACAUAAACAUGUAUAUCGGAUGAUAAGUGACUUUAUAAAUUAAUGAGUGUGAAAAAACAAUCUCGAUCGGAAUCUGUAGUCAAGUAUGAUGAUGUCUUGUGCUGGUUUCACAUGGGACUUUUGAUAUGAGAUGAGUUUUGCAUGCAUGUCCGACUGAAUCAAUACUGUACAUUUGACUAUUAUAUUAAAUCCCAAACCCUGUUUUGACUA